GGAGGCGUUAGUUAUGUUUCAAAUUUGGUAACGAGCGGUCACGAGUGGGAAAACGGCGUGCGCGCGCGUACUUUUCGGUUUCGGUUCAUGAGUUCCCGCGGGUUCCCAACGGUGGUUUCGUGCGUACCGUCGUCGGGAUGCUUUGGUCCACGUGUCGUGUUGUCGUGAUCUCGUCCUUCGUAAGGAUCAAACGUGAUUGGAAUUUGAAUGUUUACGCCUAGGCGCGUCGAAGUGAGUGAUAAGAAAGUGAAAAUAGCACAUCACAAAUUUGACGAACGGUUCGCUUGCAAUGAUGUUAGGAUGUGCGUGCGUUCUGCUACACGAGGAAGAUUGUCCCAGAAGUUGAUUGAGUGAUUGUUUGACAAGAACGUUGUUUGGUGGAAGCAGAAACAGAAGUUCGUCGCCGGGGUCAAAUUACGCAGGCUCGAAAUUCGGCACAUUUGCUCCGGAGAAGAGAUCGUUUAGACGAAAAAAAAGUGAGAGAUUUGAUGUGCUCUGGAAACAUAUGAAAUGUGAAUGAUAGCUAUAGGAGCACACUUUGUGUUGUUUGGGUUAAUUGGCAUAAAAUGUGAUCGUGAUCCGUUGAAACUGAGUGCUAUUUUUAGUAAUAAAUGAAGAAAAGUAUGGAGAUAUAUAUUCGAUUCGACCAUCAAAACUACUAAGCAAACAAUCGAAGCUGCGCCCACCGGAUUGUGACCAAACGCUGGCGGAUGGUCGGUCAUCUGCAUUCGGGUGGUAUAGUUUUUGCGCCAUCGCUCCUCCUACCGCAAGGUGUGAAGGUGAAAAUGUGAUAAUUGUUGCGGUGUGACAUAAAAAAUCCCAAACGUGUAGGGAGUUUAAAACAAUAAAAAAAAAAAAUUAAAUCCGUAAUCGGCCGGAACCGGGUGUGCCCGCAUACUGGUGUAGCGUUUUUGGACGAAAUUGAAUGAGCGGUGGGUAUAUGCCUGCUGUAUAGUGGUGAAACUGAAGAGCCUCCUCGGUGCGAAAUCUGUUCCCGGUGAAAUAUUUGUGCAACGAGUGGGUGAUAUUUCGCGGAAAAGCUGUUUAUAUUUACGAUUUGGGAAUUUCCCGUGAAUUGUGGCGGUGGUGCAAAAGGUGAAUAGUGUGUUGUGACGACAGGGAUAACGAAUUGCAGCUGCCAGUGCCUGUGUCACCUACAUAUCUGUGUUGCUGUUGUUGGCGAGGAAGCAUCAUUGACCCACCGAGAGGACACACCUCGUGGAUAACCAGGAAUUUUAAUUAAAUGCCAGAAUGAAGACAUCAAGGUUCAUUUGCUGCUGUGCAAUAAUCGUAAUCGUUUCGACCGUAGUCAGCUCGACGGUUGCCGAUCAGAGCACCAAGGAACGGAUUAGGAUUCACAAAGAAUGGCUAGCGAGGCGUGCUGCCAGUCGUGUCGGCACCAAUUCCACUCAACGUACGACCUACCUGCGGAAGUUAAUCAAAUUCAAAAACGAACAUGAACCCCUUUCCGAGAAUGACAUUUCCUUUGUGCCACAUUUCACCCAGAAUAGCAACAAUCGGAACAAUGAGCAUCAGCCGCCGGGAGACGAACUCCAGCAGGACUCGGACAACGUGUACGGACUGAAGCCGGUCGGAAGUGGUGACGAACCGGAAGACACCACCGAACAACAGGCGGCCGAUCGCUAUCGGUACGAUGUGGCAAGUGAAAGCAAUUUGUCCCGGCCAACGACGACGACGACUACGUCGGCGACGGUCGAAUCGCGCUUAUUAGUGCAGGACUCAGGCCCGGAAGCAUCCAACGAAAUACCCCCGGUGACAUCUAGCGGCGGAGGUGCAUCGACCGUAACGCAACAGCGGAGCGAUGUGGUGACGUCAGUCGGCAGAGGGCGCCGCCGUGGGAAUGAAAGUGAGCCAACCGAACAAAUUAAUGCUGUGGCCAAAAUAAAUGAGCCUGUUGGUAAAUCCGAGACGACGACGGUGCUCAUGAAUAAUGAUCUGCCGCAGCAGUUGCAGGUGGUGGGUGCAACCGGAAGUGCCGCUCAUAAAUCAGACCCGGGUCGUACCGUUGGCGGUGAUAAAAGGAAAUCCUGGCACCAUCCCACCAUAAUUAAUAAUGAAACCACAGACGAUGAGAGCGGGUCGUCUUCUUCUGAUGGUGGUGGAGAAGGUGGAAUUGCGACCACUGUUGCACCACCUAGCACAACUACUGUACAGCUACUGGAAGGAGCAAAGGUCAGUGACCAACAGCAGGACAAGGCAAAGCCGGGUGCUAAUGUCACCAUCAGGAACGGAUUUGGUCCGUGGAGUAAUUGGACGGCCUGCUCUCGGUCCUGCGGAGGUGGGGUGAAAUCACAACAACGGAAAUGCUGGCGACGAGAGUACAUCAAUGGGAAGAAAAGCCCCAAACCAGCGCUGGAAAGUUAUGAUUGUAUCGGAAUUGUUAAACGGUACCAUCUCUGUAAUGAACAGGAGUGCCCAGAUCCAACGGUCGACUUCCGUGAGCAGCAGUGUACUAGUUUCAACAACCAAACGUUUCAGGACAAGCGAUACAUCUGGGAGGCAUUUAUCAAAGACGAUGCCGAAUGUGAGCUGAACUGUAAACCGAUUGGUAUGCGCUACUUCGCCACGCUCAACAAGACCGUUAUCGAUGGUACGCCGUGCAGCAAACCGACCGAGUACUUCCGGCGCAACAACAGCGGCAGAGGAAUUUGCGUCGAUGGAAUUUGCAAGGCUGUUCACAACAGUGGCGUGAUAUCCGGGACGUUUAUGAAUAAUGGUGCCGUACGGUGUGGCACUUCCGUUUGUCGGCCCGUUUCCGCCAUCUACACCAAGAGCCAGCAGACCAGCGGGUAUGUUCACGUGGCCACCAUCCCGGCGGGGGCGUACAACAUCACCGUGACCGAGCUGCAGAACAGCCAGAACUAUCUCGCUCUUAAAACGGCCGAACGGUUCAUCAUCAACGGCGACUACACCAUAUCAUUGAGCGGUUUCUACCAAGGCGCUGGCACCACUUUCGAAUACCGCCGGGUGGACAACCUCAACAAUGUCUCGGUUAGUAGUUUUCGCAAGAUCGAAGGCGUCACCGAGUGGGUCACCUCCCCAGGACCUACCACGGAAGCGGUUGAACUGUACUUGCUAUCGCAACAACCCAAUCCAGGGAUUAAGUACGAAUAUCUGAUGCCGAUCAACACCAACCCUAUUCUGGAUUCCGGGGAGGAUAACCGGGUUGACGCUCUAACGAACGAUAUCACCGAGAAGGCCAGCUUCCGAGUACCGAAGCAACGAACCAUCUUGAACAACACGCUUCCAUCGAGCACGACGAAACCACUUCGCAAGCGGAAGUUCCUCUGGAAAGUGAUCGGGUUCAGCGCGUGCAGUAAGUCCUGCGGAGGUGGAGUUCAGCAGCCGGUUAUCAAGUGUGUUCGUGAAGCUCCAACCCGAGUGUUCUCUCCGAAGCGCUGCGCUCAUCUGGCACAACCGGUGUUGAACGAUCAUCUACUGCGGUGCAAUACGCAGCCAUGCCCGGCGUACUGGAAACUUUCCGAGUGGAGUGAGUGUAACUGCGAAGAAGCCACCACCGAUAACGAAGCGUACAAAACCCGAGAAGUCAAAUGCGUCCAGGAGCUGAUAUCCGGCAUCGUGAUUCAGGUUAACAGUGGGGCUUGUAUGGAAGAGCAACCGCCGGCGAGUGAGAGCUGUGACUGCGUUAAGCAUACGAAAGCACCUGCGAAGGUGAGGAAGCCCACCGUAGUCAGCCAUCAUCAUCACCACCACCAGAACAGCAACGGUAAUCAUCACAAUGGACACAAUACCCAGAACGACAUGCAGAUCACCAACGGAUACGGUCGGGUUAGUUUGGAUUCCAGCCGGAUCAGUCAGCAGGUGGAAUCGAAGAAGACGGGCAUUUGGCUGACUGCCGACUGGAGUCAACGCUGCUCGGCAAGCUGCGGAGUUGGAUUGCAAACUAGAUCGAUCUUUUGCGAUCGCAGUUCGUCGACCAAUUCCGAGCGGUGUGAUUUGCGGUUUACUCCGGAUACGACUAGGGAGUGUACCAGCAAUCGGGCCUGCGAGUACGGAGAAUGGUUUGCCGGACCUUGGGGAUUGUGUUCGGGCGACUGCUUCAACCUGACCAGAUCUCGAACAGUUCUGUGUAUCCGCAACGACAACUUUGCUACCGAUUCCGAGUGUGACGACAACGAGCGGCCCAUCUCGAUCGAGAACUGCGAUGUGGAGACGAUUGACGAUUGCAAACCUAGAUGGCACUACUCCGAGUGGAGUGAGUGCACCAAAACGUGCGACGGCGGUAACCAGCGGCGAGUGGUCAAGUGUCUGGAGUUCAACCAGCGUGACAAGAUCAUGCAGGAAUCGGCCAGUUGUCGUUACGCGGACCGUCCGAUGGCAUACCGCGUGUGCAACGAAGAACCCUGCCCCUCGACGACGACCUCGAGCACUACAGUCGCCGCGAUAGCAACAUCGAUGGAACCCUACGUAGAGCCCCGAGUCGACAUGAUACAGAACGACGGCACCUGCCGGGACGACUUUCCGAACUGUAGCAUAGUCCUGAAGGCGAAACUGUGCAGCUAUGCGUACUACAGCCAGGCGUGUUGUCAGACGUGUCGAAAUCGAUCGAACGAGCUGUAUUAGUUGGCAACCAGAGGUACCUUCACGGGUGACCCAACAGAGUGAAUACUUAGUGAAUUGUAGUGACUAGGUUGAGUUUAAGUUAUUUUCUUCGUAAAUUUUAGAGAAUCAAGAUUUUGUAAUGUUUUCGAGAAACACGAUUCUUUCAACCUCCUUUUUAAGGCCUUUGUAUUAUCCAGAUUCUUUUGUUAUUCAUUUAGAUUCUAAAAUAUUCUACUUCAGGUUAAUCAUGAGUAAAAAUUUUCCAAAGAGUUUGUUGGCUUCUUCUGACAUCUUCCGCUCCCGCGAAACAAAAGUUGGAAGAAUUGAUUUCGUAAAAACGUUAGAAAAUCUAAAAUCACCUAUUUUGAGGCAAACAAUAGUUGCUACGUUUGCAGACCGCAGUAUUUAUACGUUCCGUUAGAAACAAUCUCUUCCACGAUCUGGAACACUAAUCAAAACGGCUCCAAACUACUUUUUGUACAAUAAAAAUGAAGCAUUACAAGAAUUUAAGAUUUUGUUGGAGAAAAUAUUUAUCUACAAAUAUAAGCGCUAGGCAGAACUAUAUUUAAGAAAAUAUCGGAAUGACUGUGAAAAGUUUAAGCAAAAAAUAUAACGCCACAUUUCGAAUUCACGUGUGAUGAGAAGAUUCAAAAUACCUGUUACGUGUUACCCCACCCUUUUACUUCUCACGGCAACAAGAAAUUGUAAAUGUUAGAACUUCCCAAGUUUCCCAACUGCCGAGAAGGCUCUUUCCAAAAAUUUCCAUGAUCGAAUGGAGCCAAAAGAGGCCAAACAACAGUCGAACAUUAAUCUCACGUAGCGUGUAAGUGCCAUUUUAAGCAUAAUGAUCCCAUUCGGAAAACUAAUGAAUGAAACAUAUUCACUUGAUGUACAAUUUCAAGGUCGAGUCUUAUUGUAGAUGCUUUGAGGAGCAUUUCACCCUCAGCGAGGAGCAUUAUCCGUAAACACCCACACUCACUCGCACAAAAGAGCAUAAUGAUCAAACAAUAUGACACAAAGUAAAAUAUUUUAAUGGAGUAUUUUUCCCCUACCAGGAGUGUACUAAUAUGUCGUUUCGUUAGGCAAAAGGCAUCUAUAUGGCGGAACGUGUAAGCGUUCCGAACAAGUGAACCUCUGGGAUGUUCAAUCCAGGAGGACAACGUUGCUAGCGAUAGAUGUAGAUUGAUCACAUUGUUUUAAUUACAUCUUGAAUCAAAAUCAA